AUGGACUCCUUUAGCACUUCACAGGAGCAGCGAGGCGGCGCCAAUGUAUCCCCGCAGGCGGCUCAACAGCAGAGCUCGAACCUGGCUGCUCUGGGUCAGCAGAGACAUCAGACCACGAACCCUUUUUGGCAAAACUGGGCUGGAGAUGAUCCCUGGAAUCCUCUUGCCUUCGGUGCGCCUAAUGACGGCCAGACCCGUUCGCAACUUAUUGGAUCCGCCAACUUCCAAACUUCAUAUCAAGACUAUCGAAGCAAACCACUUUUAUCAGAAUGUGAUACCAACCCAGAAGAUUCGGCUUACGGCAGCCGCUUGGCCCAUAGCAUUGGAAACCCUUCUGCAUAUGGUGAAGAUAUGGACCCUGAUGUCCAAAAUUUGGAACCUCAAAAUUCGGAUGCGCAGCUUGUCAACAGAAACUUAGAAACCCUUCAAUUGCAGUGUCAACCAGCCUCCAAUGAUGCUCACUUAUAUCAAGACCAAUGGGUCCGACCUUAUCCGCCCGCAAGCGUUGCAACAGCCCCGGUUGGCGGAGAAAGACGUUGGAUUUGUGCUGAAUGCCAGAAACGAUGCCGCACACGUUCCGAGCUAAGUCCAGUUCCGUCACAAGAUCUCGAGGGCGUGGGAGGGAGUGCUAUGGCAUAUCUCCAGGCACAAGAACAGUUACCUGGUCUGGCCCAUCCCUCAACAAUUCUAUCCUUCCGUGUGUCGUAUGGUGAACGACGGGCUUCACAACCCCAAUCCGUUACGAGUAAUCCUCCUCGAGGACAACCCUCUUUAUCCUUUGAUCGAGAUGCAUCAAGCCUUGCGACAGUACGAGAAGGUGACGAGAACUUCAUUCACCCUGACAUUGUCCAUGGGCGCAGCACUCUGCCAUCGAAUCAAUGGCCUGCAUCCGCUUCUGAGGAGGAUGCGCCUGGUGACGAUAUCACCGCUUCUGAAGCUGAACAGCCAGACGAUGAUGCAAUAGAAACUAUGGACGGCGUGCAGCAAGGUGAAGGAGCCACUACAGACGUCUCUCGUAACAGUGGGGACUCAGGAAGCCAACAGGUUGAUGUCAGAAUGGUUGACGCUGACGAAGCCCAACGGACUCCCAAAGCAAUUCCCCCACACGAAAAAGCAAGCGAAACACCGUCCGAUGUGAGCCCAGAAUCAGCAUACGAUGACCUUCUUGAUAAAAUACCAAAGGAACUUAUCGCAAGCUAUUUGAAGAAGCGGUUCGCAGGCGGAGGAGAGGAGGCUUCAAAACUAGAUGCAGUGAGCAGCAAGAGCCAAACACACCCUCACAAAUGCCAGGAGUGUGAUAAAGUAUUUCCUCGUCUGUGCGAGCUGAAGAAGCACCAGAAGAGGCAUUCAAAGCCAUACGGUUGCACUUUUGCCGACUGUAAAAAGACAUUUGGAAGCAAGAACGAUUGGAAGAGGCAUGAAUCCAUUCAGCAUUAUCAGCUUGAGACAUGGAUAUGUGACUGCGCCAAGUCUGAUUCUGCUGAGCCUUGCGGUAAGGUUUGCUACCGCCGCGAGAGCUUCCGGAACCAUCUUUCGAAGGAGCAUGAGAUUACAGAUACCAGCAAGCUCGAAGAAAAAGUUGAAGGUUGUCGAAAAGGUCGUCACUGCGAUGCUCACUUUUGGUGCGGCUUCUGUCGGGAAACUGUUGAGAUUAAAGAGACAGACAACACCUGGGCGAAACGUUGCGACCACAUCGACGAUCAUUUCUCUGGCCGUCGUGUACCCAAGAGAGACAUCAGGGAAUGGAUUCAUGAGAAGGACCACAGUAUUGUCCCCUCGGCUGCCCAGGUGGAUGAGUCUGGAUCCUCAUCUGGAUCAUCUUCAUGCGACCCAAUAUCUCCUGAGAGCACUGUCUCUACAGAGAACAGUGGUGAAGAUCGCCGAGUGUAA